GUUUCCCGCAGAACAAUGCGUGACACUAAACGGAUUGCACCAGUGGAGGCCGUGGUGGAGUUCGACUAUGAGGCUCAGCGGGACGAUGAGUUGAGCCUGGCGGUGGGCGACAUCAUCGUGAACGUACGGCGGGACGACGGAGGAUGGUGGGAGGGCGAGCUGAGCGGGCGAAGGGGCCUGUUCCCGGAUAACUUCGUCAGGGAGAUCAAGAAAGAGGGAAAGAGGGACGGGGGACAGGCGAGCAUGAGCCGAUCGGACCUCUCCAACGGGAGGGCCAGCCCCGUGUCCGACAGCAGCGUGCGAUCGGGCCGCAAAGCAGAGCAGAUCCGUAAGCGUAGAUGUAAAGCGGCGUUCAGCUACGCGCCUCAGCAUGAAGACGAGCUUGAGUUGAAAAUCGGAGACGUCAUCGAGAUCAUAUCAGAGGUAGAGGAGGGCUGGUGGGAAGGAUUCGUCAAUGGGAGGACUGGAAUGUUCCCUUCCAAUUUCACCAAAGUGAUCCAGACGGAGUCGGAAACGUCCUCCCUGAACACAUCGCAGGAGGAGCUGCGCAGCGGCCGCACCAGCAAAGACAGCCCCGGCAGUGAGAGCGAUGGAGGAGACAGUCGCUCAGAAACGGGGUCGGCAGAAGUCCAGCCCAAGAAGGUCCGAGGGUUUGGCUUUGGCAACAUCUUCAAAGACCAGCAGGUCAGGCUCAGACCACGCUCCAUGGAGGUGGACCCAGAGGGGGACAAGGUCAACGACGGGAAAGCGGCGAGCGUUGCCCCGGAAACCAUGAAGACUGAACCUGAUGGCAAAGCCAAAGGUCGGGAGGUAUGCAAAGUCCUCUUUCCGUAUGAAGCACAAAACGAAGACGAGCUGUCUCUAAAAGAGGGAGAAAUCAUCAACAUCCUCACAAAGGAGUGUGCAGACGCCGGCUGGUGGAAGGGGGAGAUCGGGGGACGGCAAGGUGUCUUCCCGGACAACUUUGUCAAGCUGCUGGACGUGGAUAAAGAGAGACCAAAGAAGCCGCCUCCUCCCUGUGCACCUUCGGCUAAACACACCGCAGAGCGAAGGUCGGAGGUCAAGAGGGCUCCUCCAGAGCGCCCUGAACACCUGCCGCAGAGAGACCCGGAUCGAGGUGAAGAUGUGAAGCUUGGAGAAAUCCCAAAGCCUUCCCUCCCAUCCAUCCUUCCCAAGAAACCCCACCCCUCAAAGACCAGCACCUCCUCCUCCUCCUCCCAACCUCCUCGGCGUCCUGAGAGACCGCCAGCUCUGGCGUGCGAAAGCCCCAAGUCAGAGGGCGGGGCUUCCACACCAGAUUCCACCCCUGACAGGUCACAUGACGCUGGCGUGGACCUCGACGUCGUGGUGGCGACCACGGAGAAGCUGAGUCAUCCGACGGCGUCGCGGCCGAGGGUGACGGACCGCCGGCCUCGAUCGCAGGUCAUCUCGACGUCCUCCCUGUCCAGCAUCGACCUGGACUCCCCAGCAGCGAUGGACAGGAAGGAGAGGGAGGAGCCCGAGUCCGUCCCCUGCAGACCUGGAGACGUCUCCGUGAGGAAAGGAGUCCCCGCUGUCCCCGUACGACCGCCUUCGUUGUCACUACUUCACCCAGCAGAGGGCGCCACGCCGCAUAGUUCCAUGUUCUUCAGCAGCGUGCAAACCGCAGACGAUGUACCUGACAGUAAAGCACCGCCGCCCACCAAGCCCUCCACCCUGACUCCGCCCAGCGCCAGACACCGCCCCUCGUCCCCGGGUCUGAGCCCCUCCCCCGAGCUCAGGCAGUCACCUCUGACCCCCCCGACCCUGGAGGAACUCAGGAGGCAGCUGAGGGACCUGAGGUCUUCUGUAGAACAGCUGAAGAGCCAGCACAGGAAGGAGAUGAAACAGUUGAGCAGCGCGCUGGACGACGAGAGGAGGAUUCGUGUCAGUUUACAGAUGGAGGUAGAGCACAUCAAGAAGAGCAUGUCGAAGUGAAGACUAAAGCGUCCUCUGAGGCUCACGUUUAAAAACAUUCUCCCUGUCGGCCGAUGCACUUCGGCCGCAACAAAGUUUGUGCCAAAACGAUGGUCACGACCAGCAUCAGCAACAGCACCGUUCCCUGGAAUCAUCCACUUCCCCUCUCUGGCGUCGCCUUAUCCAGCGUUUACUUCUUUGUUCUCAUUUUUAAAGAGGCUUCUCGUGUGACGUUUACUGCCAUCUCGUAAAAAAAAAGCUUGCCGCGCCGCCGGUGCUGUCACCGGCCGUGUGUCGCCGUGGUGAUGGAAAGAUGACCCAGAGGCUGCCGUGGCGACGUCGCUGGUUCUUGAGCGUAAAGGAGACUCAAACUUCCUAUAGUCUGCGUCCACUCUGCGGCCUUCACCUCUUCACUGUGUGUGUGUGUGUGUGUGUGUGUGUGUGUGUGUGUGUGUGUGUGUGAGAGAGUGUUUUUGUUUUGGCAUGCAUGUGGCGACUUGCAGUCAGAUUGGGGACGUCCUCAAAGUCUUUAGGUGUCCUCGUUAACACCGGGGUUGGAUGGUCUCGCACAUUGACUGCAGGCGGAGGGCUUUUUGAAGCAUCAACAGCCCAAACCUUUUUCUUCCUGAUGUCAUGACUUCAUAACCUGCAGUCAAAUAUUCCGCCUGUUGGCAAAGGCUAAAACUAUAAGCACAUGAGUCUCCACCCCCCCUCGAUCAACUGAAUUAAGACGUUUCCACAUCACAACCGCUGAUGCUGUCAAAGGUGCUCAUUAAAGGAACAGAUGUGCACAGAACAAAUCAGUGCACAUCUGGUCUCUAAAUGUCAGGCAAUUCUUUUUUUAACAGAAUCCACAACUGCCCUGUAAUAUUUGGCUGUGAUGUCACUGCAUGGACACCUGUAUUAUCUGUCACGUGAAGAGUAUUGCCUUCUGGACCAAAAAGUAUUAUUUCAUCUUGUUUUGCACUUAAUUUGCACCAUAAUUCCAGAAAGAAUAAAAGAAACUGCUGUGCUGGUCGCCCCCCCCCCCAAUAAAAAACCAGAGGUGCAUCAGAGUAAAGACGGGGUUUGAGGAAUGUAGUCAGGGAAAGGACCUCACAGGUCAGAUGUGUGUGUGUGUGUGUGUGAGAGAGAGAGAGUGGUAGCACGUCCCUUCCUUAAAUGUGCACAGAAUCUAUGGCAAACGUCACUGUGGCCUUCCUGUUCUCGACUCCAAAUCUUUCUUUUUCUCACUCUCUUUCUUUUCGUACGACAACAAGAAAAAAAAAAUGCUACAACUGAGUCUGCAAGUUGUUUUCUCGACUCGGUCCUUUCUCUCCAGGAUGGUGAUAAAUAUAUACUUUUAUAUUUCAGUGUAAUAAAGAUGCUAUUAUGUACUGUA